CUCGAGCGAGCGAGGAGACCCACUUUACUUUCACCCACUUUCUCUACAACACUACUUUCACUCAGCAACAUCUCACUCCCAGCCCUGCUCCCACUUACCCACUUCCCGUUUCUCUGGCUUGAGACGCAAAGCUACCAUCAUUGCGUAUUUCAAAUUCGUACUAUGAAGCUCACAAGAGAACUCUUAUCAGGCAUUUUCUAGCAUGUUUUCUCAGUUGUUGUUAACGUGUUCAGUUUUCGUUUCGCUUAGUUUUUGUGGUGACCCUGAAGGCACACCUUCUGGCGGCAGUGAUCUUUUUGUCAGCCAGUACUACAAAGAACACCAAAUCCGGACUGAGCAGCUUUGUCCGGACCUGCAGGAAUCCCCGGCUGGAAGGGACAUCGACACUGCCAACUAUCCCUACAAAUCAGUUUUCAAAUUGGCUGAUCAAGUGUGGAGGACGGCGGACCCUUGCGUGUUCGACACGCCCUCCCGAGGCCCAAGAAAUCAGUUCACUACGCUAGUAAUCAAAGCAAUCCAGGGUGAGAAUCAGCCAUGGAACUACUCAGGAGCGCAACCCUGUCCAGAACAUAUCAAGUUGAGGAUACCAAGUCGUAGAAUCUUUUCACGAACGGGGAUGCCCCUCUGCACCGUUCCGAAGCCACCAAACCCAGCGAAACUGUUCCAAGGCCCGUACUACAAUCCGCAUGUGUGGCAGCUAACCAGGCAAAAAAUGGGCUUGUCUUUCGCCCUGUAUGAAAAUGAGACGAUUGGACAGAUGAAGGACGAUGAAGACGGGGGAAAUGAAGCCAACAACGAGAUUGGGGCACAACCAAACAACGGCUUUGUGGUCACCAAUGCUGCAAAACUUCCAAAAUUUGUGCAUAUCGUGUUCGCCCUUUUGAUUGGGGAAACUUGCAACCUGAGAGUGCAACAGUACAUUGUGGAUCCGUCGCGGAGAGCGUGCAAUGCAUCCCUGGGUCGAAUGUAUGCACUGUGUGGGAUGUACCACUGCAAGGAGGAGGAGCGGAUAAUGCAACAGGCAGGAUUUGGGAUGAAUGGUGCGAUGCAUCUCAGCGAAAAGUACAAGUUGAUUGACUUUCUUCGCACCAAACAGUUUCGACAUUCCUCGGAAACAUCCAUUGUCGACUUUUUCAUCAACUUGAUGAGACUCUUGAUCAUGCCGAUGGUCUUCUUCGUCGCCUACUAUGUCACGAGACAGUUGAGAGAAAAAUUGAUCAGCAGACAGCUGCCGCUCCCAAGCCAGUCUACAACACAACCCAGCGUUCAUCAUCGUGGGGGAACUAUUGGAGGGGGAGGACGAGUUGGCGUAAGUUCCGUCGUGAUCUUGGACAGUCCUACGUCUUCGAGAAGGACACGACUGGAGGACCCACCACCACCCUACGACAGCAUCAUCACCCCGCCAACUUAUGUGGAGGCAACCACACAAAAGAUUCAGAUCAUGUCCCCGUCAACGUCAUUUCCACCACCGUUUUCCGGUGGAAUUACCACCACCACCAACCAAACUUCUUCGGUUCAAAGAACUCAAGGAGAUGAAAUCGUGCUAGAGCAGUCUGAGAUCAGGAUGGCUGAGGGCCUCGCAGAGGUGGAAGUGCCCAAUUCUCAAGCAUCCCCUACUCCUCCUCCCCCAGGGGAAGUAAUAAUUGUCCCCGUCGAAAGUGAGAGCAAUAAUGACAAUGGCCCCGAAGUAGUUGAUCAAGAGAGUGAUGCAGUUCAUCCGACCCACCUGCCACCAAUCACCGCCCCUCCUCCAACCCCUCCUCCACAAAAAACGCAAGAAUUUGACGCUACUCUGGAAAAUGAGAUUACGAAUUGAAUUCUACUUGAUGACGAUUGAAAUUAUUCCAUGUUCUCCAAGCAAUCGAAAGCUUCCAAUCAAUAAUAACGCCUACAAACAUAUAUCUCUGCAUUGCAUAUUAUGGCUGCAUUUACGAAUAUCAUGGAUCAAGGCGUAAUUACUUGCAAUGGAACCUUUUUUCAAGCUACACCGGGAUUUUCAAGCAAGUUAUGUCAAAAAAUCAAGCCAAAAAUUAGGAGUCACAUAACAUUUAUCUUUUCGGUGAAUGACCCCUUUGAAGAAAAAUACUGGGGGCAAUGUUCACGCGGCCGCCUUGUUUUCGCCCCGUGGAGAGAAAAGUAACUCGAAAAUAGAACUUUGCCGCCAAUAUAUUUCUUCAAAAGGGUUAUUCAAUGGAAGGAUAAGCGUCAUGAUUCCUAAUUUUUGGCUUGACUUUUUGAUAUAACUCGUUAGAUAAUCCCGGUGUAGCUUGAAGAAAGGUUCCAUUGUUUAUUAGAUGCACUUAUUCUUGAAUACAUUUUAUUUUGACGACGGAAUAAAUUUUAAUAAAAUAAAUUUCACGAUUACGCCUGAUGCUCAACAUCACAUAUUUAUACGCAUGUGUUUGGUGCAUUUAUUUGUACUUGAUUUCGAAAAUUUAGCCACCCAUGAUAUGAGUUAUUAUUAUAUCCCUUGCAUGAACGGAACACCUAAAUAGUAAGUGAAUGGAGGAUGAAAAUAAACCAGGUCAGAUUGCGAACAAUGGGCGGAGGCAGAACAAUGUGAAGCAUGAGCUGUAAGUCUAAACAAACGAUGUCCAUCGACCCAGGAUGACCCAAACACAAUUGGACUGUACUCUUCUCAGGAACCGUUCACCACUUCCUUGUUGACGUUAAAUGUUCUUGGCUGCUCUCAACAUUUAGACCACUCCCCAAGUGCGCUUCACUCAAGAUACAUCCCUACCCGUCACCUCUGCCAAUAUGAAGGUAUUCCUUCUCGUCCUUUUUCUGGCCCUUGCCUGUCAUGCUAAUCGCUACCAGACGUCGGAUGUCAACUGUGCCGGAGAGUACAUGAAGUGCAUGGAGGUGGAAAGCCUGACGCAACCGGUGACGGCCAGCAGACGUUGCAAGGACAGGAUUCGUGGAAUGGACAUCUGUGCCCCUCACGCAGGAAAUCCACAGGUUGGAGCUCCACCCCCCGGAAUGGAGGACUGUGGUCCCGGACACGGUGGAAACGAUUGCUAAUUCCGCGUGCUCAUUCACAACCACUUCGACGUCUUCAAAAUUCGAUACCUCUGUUCAACUCAAACCUCUGUCUCAAUCUGUUUUAUAUGUAUUUUAUUUAUGAUUCGGCCUCAAUAAUAAACUCAUGAUAAUUUGCUGUUG